AUGGCACCUUCCCCGUCCUUCUCCUUCUCUAUGUCUUUCUCCAAUUUGAAGCAACUACCCCGGCAAGAAAACUCAGACCUUCGUGUCUCUAUGAGUCUAGGCAAAAAGCACUUGCAGACUUACAGCAAAUGCAGAGCGUGCAUCAGUUUGCAAGAGGCCCUUCCAAUUUACUUGGAUAAAAUGUUCAAUCAGUAUGUGGCUAUAAUUCUCUCUAUGACUUUUGUUCUAUUUUUUGGAGAGGUUAUCCCACAAGCUAUAUGCACUAGAUAUGGACUUGCAGUAGGUUCCAACUUUGUUUGGCUUGUUCGGAUUUUGAUGAUAAUUUGCUACCCAAUUUCAUACCCAAUUGGAAAGAUUUUGGAUUGGGUAUUAGGACACAAUGAACCUUUAUUUAGGCGAGCUCAGUUAAAAGUCCUUGUCUCCAUCCACAGCCAAGAGGGUGGUGAGCUUACACAUGACGAGACAACAAUUAUAAGUGGGGCACUAGAUUUAACUGAGAAGACAGCUGAGGAGGCUAUGACACCCAUUGAAUCAACAUUUUCCUUAGAUGUCAAUUCAAAGUUGGACUGGGAGGCUAUGGGAAAAGUUCUUGCUCGGGGGCAUAGUCGAGCACCUGUCUAUUCUGGGAAUCCGAAGAACGUUAAUGGACUGCUUCUGGUGAAAAGUCUUCUUACUGUACGACCUGAAACAGAGACUCCAGUCAGUGCCGUUUCCAUCCGGAGAAUACCACGAGUUCCUGCCGAUAUGCCACUGUACGAUAUAUUAAAUGAGUUUCAGAAGGGCAGCAAUCAUAUGGCAGCUGUGGUGAAGACUAAAGGGAAAAGCAAGCUUCCUACAAUUGAUGGGGAGAAGACUUUUCUGUGGCUGCCUAGUAAUAAUUUUACAGAACAUGUCUAUUUCUAUAUGCAUAUUUAUAUUAUUUAGGCUUCUUUGUUUGAUGCUUUUGAUAAUUAAUAUGGUUUUUUAAGAGUUACUAUAAGCACUUAUCAAUGUUUUGGUAAAAGAUGAAAGUAUCUUUAGAAUGGGUCCAUUAUUAAGAGUUGAUCAUUUAUGCGCUAAUUUCAUCUAAUAUAAAUAUUCAACUGAUUGCUUUUUGACACAGUGGUAAUAUAAUAUUUUGUAUUGAUUGCUUCAAUGCUUUUAGCCAGGUCUUAAUGAGAAAUUAAAAUGCAUAAAGCAACAUUCAAUGUUGGAAGUUUCUUUGAUUAAUAUUCAGGUUCAAGGUUAGGAAAUCAAUCAAAGAGACUGCCUUAAUUCUCUCUAAUGAUGAUGUUGAUGGUGGCAGGGCUUGGCAAGGCGAGGUGUAGGCUCGAUGCAUGGAGGUGGGACUGUGGGGAUGGUGUUG